AUGCUAUUAAUUCAAAAUCAUUUUGGAUCGAUAUUAUAUCAGCGUUAUGUUAAUCAAAUAUUUCAAAACAAGAAAAAUUCUGAUUAUGUUUUAUAUCGAACAGAAGAAGAUAUACAAAAAUUUGAAAAAUGUUUUCGAAGACAUUUCGAGUGGGAAAUGUGUAAUGUUUGGUUAUGGAAUGUAUUAAAUGGUAAAGAUACUAGUGAUGGCUAUAUAGCUCAUAAAAAAUUCUUUGAAUCUUAUUUAAAUGGAAAUAAAUAUUUAAAUAAUGAAAAUAUUCGACAAAUAUCAAUGUAUAAAUUAAUUUAUUAUUAUUUUAUUGAAGCUAAACGUUUAUUAGGUGUUGAUUUAUUUGUAAUAGAUCUUCGCUGUACACCACGUCAUAGAAGUUGCCCCUUGCGAAAAUAUCUAAAUCAGGAAUAUCUAAAUCAUGAAUAUGAUUUAAAUAGUUUAACAGGUCGAUGUGUUCGUUUAUAUUCAACUCCAUCGAGAGAUUUAGGUGGUAUAAAAGGUAAAUUUAAAUCAAUAUUACCUGGAAUCUAUGAAAUUAUAUGUCAUAUUAAACUGGAUACGAACAACGUAUAUUUACCAUACUAUACUGAAUGUUGUAGUAAAGAUCAUGAAGUAGAAAAAAGUGUCGAAUGUUCUUUUUAUGCACUAGCUGAUCAUGGUUUCGAUUGUGAAUGUGAUUCGAAAACAAUGAAUUUUGAUUGGUUUGAAUCAAACUAUUUAUUACAUGGAAACAUUAAUUGGUUUAAUGAAACAAUGGGUAAAAUAAAAGUAUUCGAAUUAUUGAAUAUUUAUUUUGGAUUUCGAAUUAGAUCAGAUUAUGGUUAUCGCAAUAUUUUAUUUGACUGUAUACAAUUAAAUAUUAUUAAAUAA